AUGCGUUUCUUGUGUUUGCACGGAAUGGGGAGCAAUGCUCGUAUCUUCAAACAGCAAACUGCUGCUUUGCGGUAUGAGCUUGGUGAAGGCCACAGUUACGACUUUGUCGACGGGCCUGUCCCCUGGGAGAUAGACCACGACCUGGAUCAGCUUGCGAUGGGCGAGGAGCAAACGUAUGCUAUUUGCGAUCCAAAUUCGGCCUCAUCUUGCGUUGCAGCGAUGGAGAACAUCGAGCGAUACAUCGCAACUGAGGGUCCUUACGAUGGCAUCAUGGCUUUCAGUCAGGGUGCCAGCACCACUCUUGGCUGGAUGAUCUACAAGCAGCGCGAGGCUAAAAGCGGCAGUCUGCAGCAUUUACCAUUCAAAGUCGGGGUCUUCUUUUCGAAUCCCUGGAGAGUGUACGAUGGCAAAGCGCUCGCGGAAGAUCGGCUUGCUUUCAUGGAUCCUAAAGACUUUGAAGGGCUUUUAGACCUGCCUACCGCGCAUAUCUGGGGUUCGGCGGACAAAGACCAUGCAAUGGCGCAAGCGAUCAGUACUUCCUGUGUGGCCGAUAAACGGUCAGUCUUUGUACAUGAGCGAGGGCAUGAGAUUCCGGCAAAGUCCGAUACGGUAAUCUUGAUGGCCAGGGCGAUCAAUCGGGCGAUCGCGCAAGCAGUGCCUGCAGAAUGA